UGCUUAGUUAAGGCGUUCCUCCAGGUUGAUGAAUACGAGAGAUCGAGAUCAGCCCUGCUAAUUCGGUACCGAGUAGGAUUUGCCGUGGACACAACGGUGCCUGGAUAUCGCCUUUAAAGUCGUCUUGCCGCCACCUCUGACGGUAGACAUCACCAGCAAUGAUGUCGUCGAAUCCACCAAAGCUCCUGUCGAGUACACUCUUCAUCUUCAUCUUCCUCCUCCUCCUCGGGACCGCCUCGUCCCUCCCAUCGACCAACACCGCCGACACAGGCCACGGCAUUCCGGGCUGGGUCAGCGAUGCAGUUCCAGACCGGGGCAAUGACACGUCGCAUCACUCUGAGAUCUCGUGCUACGCGCUGCAAUACGGGCUGAUCGGCAGCAUCUCGCACGUGCUGACAUGGUACACGAUCGGCGCAUUGAUCAUGGGGCGGUCUCCGCUGCGUCCGUGGCGGGAACUGAAGUCUCCGCGGGUCGACAUGCUGCUCGCGGGGACGGGGCUGCUCGCCGCCUCGCUAAUCACCGUCUUCACCAUGGUCCGCUGCUGGCAGUUCGUGCUCGUCGCUGCGUGGAAGGUGUGCCUGAGCAUUUCCCUCAGCGCGCUGAGUAUGCACGUGGCUGUGCUGUUCGCGCGGGAGAAGCAGGGCGGCGGUGGAGCGAGCAUCCCGCAGGAGGAGCUUAGCGCCGCGAGGUGGUGGCUGCUGAUGUAUAUCCUCGGGAUGCUGGUGGGAUUGUUCGGCCUGCUCUCGCUGGUGCGCGAGGCGUGGCCGGAUAAUCGGGCUGUACAGCGCACGACGUUCAUCUGCGGCAGGGCGGCCGUGCUCGUGGGAGGACUAUGGGCGGCAUCGAGAUGGUGCCCCAAACUUCGCGACAUGCCAAGGGACCCGAGGAAUUUGAUCUUCCAGCUGGCGCUGGGCCUGGUCGCCGCUGUGUACAGCGACUGGGCGCUGGCGGCGCUGGCGGAUAAUCCUACCGGCCAGCCUAGUGGGGAUGUGGCAUGGUUCUAUUUUCUGUAUUUUGCUGUCAAGAGGUUGCCAACCCUUUCGUUUUGAGUUUUUCUUUGUCGUUUUCGUUUUCGUUGCCUGGUGGAUAAGAAGUGAGUGAGUACUGGAAUUCGUGCGUUCUCUGGGUUUUGCGGAUGGAAGCAGUCGGUUGGCUGGAGUGCUUUUCUUUUCUUUCACCUUAUUUUCUUUUCUUUUGGUAUCGAUUUGCACUCGAGGCUAUCGGAGAGCAGGAAGCGGUAAUGGGUAUUCAUGCCAUCGAUACAGUACCGCACCGUAUCCACGUACGCUACGAUCGGUGUUUCUGUGUAGUAAAUAGAUUAUAGGGCUGCCGACGAGACGGGACGGGACGAGGCGGGACGGGAGUCCCAUGCGCCAUCCUAGGCUGAAUGCUACGGGACGAAAUAUCUCAGGGGCCAGGCCUGGGUAAGUAGGGCUGGUGGGCUACGCUACUAGAUAUGAG